AGACGCCGCGGAGCGCUCUUUAAACUCUCUCUGUCUCUCUCCGUGUUUCUGCGGUGUCUCGCAGGUCUCACCGCAAUGAUGAUAUCGCUCGUCCUCUUCCUCCUCCCACCCUUCUUCUUCUUCUUCUUCUUCCCCACCCCCGCCUGGACGUUGGAGUUUCGGUACCACAACAACCGGGAGAUUGAGGAGUUCCUCAUACAGGUCAACGCCGCCAACCCCGAGAUCACACACCUGUACAGCAUCGGCCAGUCUUCAAAAGGUCAGCAGCUGUGGGUGUUGGCUUUGGGCGUCAGUCCUCGCCAGCACACAGUUAGCAUCCCAGAGUUCAAAUAUGUGGCUAACAUGCAUGGAAAUGAGGUUCUUGGCCGGGUGCUGCUCCUCCAGCUAAUCAACGAGCUGGUGCACGGUUACCGCAAAAAUGAAUCGUGGUCCCUGCAGUUGCUGAACAGCACACGCAUCCACAUCCUGCCGACGAUGAACCCCGACGGCUUCGAUGUAGCAGACAAAAACUGCUACAACAGCCAGGGCAGGUACAACUACCACGGCAUUGAUCUGAACAGAAACUUCCCGGAUGCUUUCGCUCGAGGUCAGCAGGUUGAGGAGAAGGACCGCGAAGCUGAGGUCCGAGCUGUGAUUGGCUGGUUGAGGACGGAGAGUUUUGUUCUCUCUGCAAACCUUCAUGGAGGUGCUGUGGUGGCCAGUUACCCUUAUGACAACGGAGGUAGCGAGCUGAUGGGUGGGGCUAGCAUCACCCCCGAUGAUGACGUGUUCAUUCACCUGGCCAAGGAGUACUCCCAUAACCACGCCUCGAUGCACCAAGGUAACCUGUGUGUGGACAGCAUGCCAUUCCAGGAGGGCAUCACCAACGGAUUUCAGUGGUACCGUCUGGAAGGUGGGAUGCAGGAUUACAACUACGUGUGGGGGCAGUGUUUGGAGAUUACUCUGGAACUGUCCUGCUGCAAGUAUCCCCCAGCCGAAGAGCUUCCUUCUUUGUGGAGCAACAACAAAAAUGCUCUGCUGGCCUACAUCCAGCAGGUCCACCUGGGUGUCAAAGGUCAAGUGUUCGAUGGCUCGGGUGUGCCGGUGCAGAAUGCAGUGGUGGAGGUCAGAGGUCGCAAGAAUAUAUGUCCAUUCAGAACCAACCAACACGGGGAAUACUACCGACUGCUGUUGCCGGGAAACUACACUUUCACAGUGACAUAUCCUGGUCACGAGGUUUUGACAGAGACUCUUAAUGUCCCAUACGGUCCAGAUCAAUACUCUGCCCUUAAACACAACUUCCUGUUACAACGCAAAGCCAGAGCCACUGCCUGGGCCUUGGCUAGCACCACCCAAACUGACACCACCCCUACCUGUAACUACACUUUACAAGAAAAAGCAGGAGGAGCGAUGACCGGACCCACGUGGAGCAGCCUGGCUAUGGGGCUCAGUCUGGCGGCGGUGCUGCGGUCGCUGAUCGACUGAAGUGAAAUUGCUAGAAGGAGUUUGCAGGUUCAAUUCUUGUCAACACCAAACCAAACACGAACAACAAAACAGAAAUAUGAUGUCAACCGGACACUUCUGAAAAGACACAUGAAGUCUGGAGUUUGGGUUUACCCCCCCCUGACACCAGCUUUGCUGCAACCCAGAAAUCUAAUCUGGAGGCAGUCAGACGAACCGCAGUGGAGAAAACCGUGAUGGUCACAGCAGACAGAGCAGCAGCCAGGUUCAUAAGCACAGAAGCUGCAGACUUCUCACAGGGAUAACAGACCUUUUCUGCAGAAUACACUUUGACAUGUAGUAGUAGGAUAAGCACCAGGUUAAAAGAUAAAAUAUUAUGAGUCUUUAUGUUAUAUGCUAACCAAAGAGCCCAAAAAGAUCCCAAAAGACCUGAAUGGCUGGUUUAAGAUAAUUAAUGGGUGGUGCUAUUUUUCAAGUUGGGUGAUAUUAAACCAGUACAGAAUAUGAGACAAGGUAAUGGUAGGAGCUCCAUGUGGAUGUCAAACAGUAGAAAAUGUAGAAGUUGUGGUUUAAAAAUGGCGUUUCUGUUGCAGUAUCUGCUCCAUAUACCGUAUUUUUCGGACUAUAAGCCGCUACUUUUUUCCCACGUUUUGAACCAUGCGGCUUAUAGCCCGGUGCGGCGUUUCUGUGGAUUUUUCUUUAACCACC